AUGGCGAUGAUUUCCCCCUCCCGGAGGGAAGUGUCCCCGGUGGAGGUCCUCUCCCACGCCGCGCUGGAUGGCUUCCUCACGCACUGCGGGUGGAACUCCUUGCUGGAGAGCGUGUGGUCCGGAGUGCCUAUGCUCUGCUUCCCGCUGCUCACUCACCAGUUCACUAACCGGCGGCUCGUCGUGCGGGAGUGGCACGUCGGCGUGCCCAUCGGGGACCGUGGCGCGGUGUUCGCAGACGAGGUGAGGGCGAGGAUCGAGGGCGUCAUGUCCGGGAAAGAGGGUGAGGAGCUCCGGGAGGCGGUGAAGAAGGUGAGGGCAACGCUCGAGGCCGCCACGGCACACGGCGGGUCAUCGCAGCGGAGCUUCGAUAAGUUUGUCGAUUAG